UGUGUGUAUUAUAGGCAAGGUAAAACGCUGCCCUAUUGCCAAGCCUGUUCAGUCUAAAACGUACCGUUUCAUCGUUCGUUAUAAUUAAUAAAAAAAAAUCGCGCAGUCUUGUUGUGCGUGUAGAUUUUUCAAAAAGUCGAUAGCCCACGUUCGAUUCGCAAUUGAUUAGCGCUCGCGGUCCCAAUAUAGGCUCGGACACGCCGAAGAGAGAGAGAGAGAGAGAGAGAGAGAGUGUACAACACUCUCCGAUCUACACGCGUGCGCGUGUACUGAGUACUAACCACCAUCACACGCAGUCAGUGCAGCCCGUAUAUAUAGUUAUACACAGGAUAUACUAUGAGCCAGAGCGAGAUAGAGCAACGACGAGGACCAGCCGCUAGAGCGAGAGGGAGCCGGAAAUGAAGAAAUGGCGGAGCAGCAGCGAGUGCAUUCAACGGACGGGCAGCCGUAGCAGCAGCUCCUCUUGGGACGCCUAGCCUCUGAGAGCGGACCGCGUGCGGCCGACGCUCCGGGCCCCGCGUCCUCUUCGUCGUUUUCCUCUUCGCUGAUUCAUUGCACCGUAGAGAGCCGUCGUGGAGUCGGUGCAUUACUCACUCGUCUCUAUAGAAGAACAUACACGCAGCGGCUGGAGACUCCGGAGAGUCUCUCGACUCCAGUCCAGGACGAUAAUAUCGCAGACUUCGCCAAAGUCGUGCUGCGGGCUGACUCACGCGGCUGCUGCCUGAUAUAAGCGUAUAAUAGGGCCUGCGCUCCCGCGUUAAUUCAGUGUGUACGAGCUUCUGAUAAAGGCGAGGUUCUGGGAAGAACGCGGAUUUGUUUUUGUGGCUUUUGUCCUUAUGCAGCGCUGGGAGAUAAGCAAUGAUGGCUCAUCCGGGCCAAGGACUAGCCUGCGAUAGUCAAUAGGACAUUUGGAGCUACACUGAGUUGAGCUAGUGAGAAUUUCACCUGUAACUAACUUUUCGAUGCUGAUAUCGUUGAUUGAUUGCAAUUUUUAUUAUCUCGUGGAUUCAAUCUAUUUGAUAUAAGAAUAUAUAAGUCAUUCACGUUGGCUGAUUAGCUGCUCCAUUUGAAAUGUUUGACUUGCUCUAAUGUUAAUGUUCUUAAGAAUACCACCACAGCCAUGGACGAAUGUAUGCUAAAUGACCUGCUGGAGUGCUCCGUGUGUUUAGAGCGCUUGGACACUUCCAGCAAAGUAUUACCCUGUCAGCACACCUUCUGCAAGAAAUGUCUCGAGGAGAUAGUCAGUACUCAUAGGGAACUUCGAUGUCCUGAAUGUCGAGUCCUUGUCAGUGCUAAAGUAGAUGACCUUCCACCUAAUGUACUCCUUAUGAGGAUCCUUGAGGGCAUGAGAAAUGCUACUCCAAAGGGAAAUAAAACACCACAGAGACAUCAUGCACCACAGAGAUUACUAGGUGGCCAUCAGGUUACUCCAAGCAGUCCCUCUAUCACACUCAACCCACCAAUUGCAAUAGUAACACCAGAGUCUGCACACCAAAUCAAUGUAGCUGCUAAGCAAGUUCAUCUUCAUAAUCGACCUUAUGGCCGUGCCAUUUAUGAUUAUAUUUCCAAGGUUCCAGGAGAUUUAAGCUUCAGAAAAGGAGAUAUCAUUAUUUUAAGAAAAAAAAUUGAUAACAAUUGGUAUCAUGGAGAAUGUGGAUCAAACCAUGGAGUUUUUCCUUUAUCUUAUGUUCAAGUGAUGACUCCUUUGCCUCCACAUGUUCCUCAAUGUAAAGCUCUCUAUGACUUCAGGAUGUCAAAUGAUGAAGAGGAUGGUUGUCUUACAUUUAACAAGGGAGAAGUUAUUAGCGUCAUUAGAAGAGUGGACGAAAACUGGGCAGAAGGUAAACUUUUGGAUCGGAUAGGUAUUUUUCCUCUGGCUUUUGUAGAGUUGAAUAGCGUUGCCAGAGCAUUAAUGAAACUUUCCACAAAUGUACAACCGGGACCAUCAAGAGUUGCACCACCGACUCCGACGAACGAAGAAACUACUCCACUUAUACCCACCGAUCACACGCGGACAGUUCAAGCCUCAAACCAACCCAGACAGCAGGCUACUGUGAAACAAUUACAGAAUCCCGCGCUGCCAGUAUCAGACUCAAGCUCGAACGUAUCGUCAGGCGGUUCAUCAACAACAACCUCAUCGCCCGUGAUAACAAGCCCAAGCUCGAGCAGCUCUAGCACAACGCCAAGUAGUCCCAGUAGCCCAGCCAUAUCGCCCCCAACGGUGGCUAAUCGUCACAGUACAAAGAGACACAGUUUUACAGCAGUCAACAGCGCCCAUCAACCUCAACCACAGCAUCGACACAGCGCUGAGAUUUUAAGUCUAGCAGUUGACGCUGCACUCGCUGGUGCCGAGGCUGCUACUAAUGAUCCCGCUUUUACUUCAAGCCAGACAAGCGGUAGUGCAGGUGACCAAAAUCCACGUCACAAGCGCAGUGGUAGCAGCGACCUGGUGCUUUCACAGGCGUCAUCGAUGACCAACAGUGCACCUGCAGGUUCCUCAAGUGCUUCGUCAUCAGGAGCUACAGCAGCCGCAGCUUCGGGUGUUGGAAGUAACUUACCGGCAGCUUACAUCGCGUUGUAUCCUUAUAAGCCACAAAAAGCCGACGAAUUGGAGCUCCGCAAGGGCGGAAUAUACAUGGUUACCGAGAGAUGCCAAGAUGGCUGGUUCAAAGGCACAUCCAAUCGUACACAGAAGUGCGGCGUUUUCCCGGGAAAUUAUGUUGCGCCAGCUAAAUGUCAGCGAGGAGUAUGCAGAUCACCCAGCACUGUACCUCUCCAGAAUAGUGCUAGUGGUACCAGCAGCAGUGCAAGUAAUAUCGUACCAGCUUCUCAACCGAGUAACGCCAGUAGUGAACCUCGUAUGCCAGUUACUUACACUAAGGUCAAAGGUGCGGCUCCGCAGCCAUAUAAGUUGCCCCCGCCAGAGCUUCCACCUCGGGCUUUGAGUCCUGGACCGGCCGGCAGCUCGGCCGCUUGGCAUAGCCCUAGACAACAGCCCAAUCAAACCCAGAGCCCGCCAAGGCUACCCGAUCAGACUGUUCCUGUUGCUGCUGCUUCAAUCGGUAGAAGUCACAGCGCUGUUAUGCCCUCUAUUUUUACUUCACCAGGUAAACUGCCACUUGUCACGACAACUGCUGCUACUGCAUCGUCACUUGCUACUACAACUUCUGUUAGUGAUGCAAGUAAGAGUCCUAUCAAUACUGCGCACGCGGCUACCGCUUCUGCAAGCGCUUCUUCGUCGACUGCUACACCAAAGUCCACGGAAAAAGUAAGAAUUGUAAAGGAAAAGAAAGAGAAGGGAGUUUCGCUGAUGCGGCGUUUGACGAAUAUCAAAAAGUCAAAGUCUCCUCCGCCGUCAACUUACUCAAUGGACAAUCCAGUCUUCGACGAUGGCAACGCGGGUCAAUCUUUGUCGAUUAACCCAAUUCACGUUCGAUCAGGGUCGUGCCCGAGUCAAUUGCUCCAGGUGGGAUCCCCGCAGGACAUAAACGCUUCCACGAACAGCCACCACCGCAUGUAUCCCAGCCAGGGUCACGUCACAACCUCACAGCGAGUGAAGCACAAGGAGAGACCCUCCUUGCCCGUGACCUUCCUUCAGAGGUCUGGCGAGUCGGGUGGCAUUAUCACCGGCACAAUGAGCAAUCAUCACCGCAAAAGCAAUUCAUUGGACGCAGGCACUGGCAAGCAAGUGAAGCAGCAGCUUUCAUCAAGGGAUCGCGAACGCAUGUACAGAUUCCGUUGCAUUGUUCCCUAUCCGCCCAACAGCGAGUUUGAGCUAGAACUGCGUGUUGGCGAUAUAAUUUACGUGCACAAGAAGCGCGACGAUGGCUGGUACAAGGGUACGCAGCAACGCACAGGCCGCACCGGUCUCUUCCCAGCUAGCUUCGUUGAAGCCUUCUGAGAUCCGUGCAAGCCCUCCGUACUCCUCGAGACUUGUAUAUAAUUUCAAAUGCCAGAGGAGACGCUAUAUUCUACUCGAACAUACUUGCGGAAUUGUAUCUUGGGCGAGUAAGGAUUGUCUUGCCAUCCGUGAUGCGAAUCCAGUUUUCGCAAGAGGGUUUGUAAGGUAGCUUUAUUUGGAUUUUUUAUGCAUGAAACUGGAGUUCGAACUCUGGUCUUUGAAUGAAAUUUCGUUGUUUGGAAAUGAAUGUAAGUGAGUCAUGAGAGACAAGGCACCGCGAGCUUUAUUUUAAUUAAUUAACGCAUAUCAUGGGCGAAUACUUUCUAACGUUUUAUGAUACUCUGUAAACAACGUUUCUCUUCUAUUUAAUAAGAAGUGCAAUCAUAAUUUUUUUUACUAGAUAUUUUUGUUCACAAACGUACAGUAUCAAAGCGGUGCCGAAUGUCCUAUUAAUCUACUAGGGGCGAACGCUCACUCGAAAGUCUAGACUAAUAAAACUGUACUCAAAUUUUUUCAUACACUGUAAUGAUUGAAGAUGAAAUGAAGGGGAAAAAAGAAGACCAUACAGUGCAAUGUGAUACCCGCACAGAUUAUAGUGAAUUAUACUCGCCGCGAGCUUCGUCAGUUGACGUUAAAUAUAGGGAAAAAUACAAACUGCCAUGAAUACGUAUACAGAAGUAGACAUGACUGGUAUUAUAUGAUAAUAUUAACAAUUGCAACACUAGAAAAUUAAUAUUAUUGGUAAUAGUAAUAAUUAUGAUAAUGAUUCUAAGUGUUGAAUUUUCGUGCAAUGUUUGUACUGCCAUUAAAAUGUGUUACGUUAUUUGGCUCCUCAUUUGAAUUUCUGGAUUGAAAAAAAAUGUGCUUUUAUCACUGUUUGUCUCGAAGAGACACUGUUGUUGUUUCUUGGAUUUAUUGUGUCAUGUACGUUAUUGUACAAGCUAACCAAGAACGUUUUCCGUGACUUCGUAUUAAUUCUUAGGUAUUCUGCAAUUUUUUAAGUAUUCAUUUUUGAUAAAUACUUUUUAUUAUUCUACUGUCGAGGAAGGCAACGAGAUUCUCUUUCGUUAUAGGUACUGUACAUAUUACACAUAUGUAUUCCGCGCAUCGAAAAAUAUAACCAAUCACAAACUAUGAUUGUGCUUCCAGUGUUCACUCGUCAGUAUUUUGCCGUGUUUUUGUGUUGCACGCGCUAUUGGAACAUUCUUUUACGAGAAUUAUAAGCUUUUUUAGAAUUCUUCUAGUACACGUAAGCCAUUUGGUAUUUAUCACACUGAUUUUUAAAAUUACUUUCGACCAAUGAAGUCGAAUUUUCAGUGCUACUAAAAUGAUAGCUCAUUUAAAGGUCAUAAUUAUUUGAAAAAUAAAAAAAACAGAUUUAGAAAGCAAAAAUAUUUCAUAGCUGUUGCCAAAUUGAUGUUUUUGAAAUGAUUUAUUGUUUUUGAAAUGGUAAAAUAAUUUGACCAAUUAAAAGUUGGUAAAUUUUAUUUAAUUGCUUCAGUACGACACUUGUUUUAUAGUUAUUAAUUAAGCCGCAGCGAUAGGCCAAUGUGUAUUAGGAUAUUGAAUGAUUAAAAAAAAAUUUUAAUAGAAAAAAGACUUGCGAGCGACUCAUAACGGGAGACGCAAUGGAAAAGAGAUUUUAUAGUCUGAAAUUAUAAUUACUAAUAUCGGUAUUGUGCAUACAAAAUUUUGAUAAUAUUAUAUUCGAUUUCAAUACCUGUAUAUAUUUUUUUUUGCUGCGUUGCUGCAGACACAACGAGCUGUAUCUUUUUAAAAUUUGUAAAAAUGUUUGGUAAAAAAAUCAUUGAGCACACUUGAUUACAAAACUUUUUCAUGUCUGAAUCUGGUAAUACAUAUCAAGAAGAAAACUUUUUUUUUAAUAAUGAACAAAUAUAAAACAGGAAUAUUAAUCAAAUACAUUUUUGAAGAAAUAUUUUUGUUUUCAAUUGUGCUUGAAACGAUUUAGCGUGGAUGGUUUUUUUUAAUAAUCGCCAUCAGGUACGAUCAUUGUGGCGAGCAUUCUUAAAUCAUGGAGUUACAUUCAUUGAUAAAAAGAAGAAGGAAUAGUUUACAUUUGAAUGAGGGCUCCUACCGCUUUGCUUCUGUAACUUUAAUCACUUAGUAAAUAGAAGCAACGAUACUUUUUGAUACACACAAUAUUUACAUAAACCCUUAACUAUUAGCAAAUAAAUAUUUACUUGAUUUUUAAGUAAAGUUAAUAUUAGUUAUUUAUUAGUGAGUGAAGAAGCACACAUUGUAAAUUCCACUUUGUCAUCGAUAAUUUACAUGUAAUCUAUGUACAAAAUUGUUCUCAAUUCUAACAGAUUUCACAUAUUCCGUUAUUCAUAUCAAUUUAUCCCCUCAUUCGCCGAUGUGUACUGCCUCGAAUACGUCCAUUUAGUACAGCAUUCUUAGAAUAAUUAUGUAUCUAUAUGAAUGUUUUGUAUGGAAAAAAGUAACAAAAAAAUGAAAACUAGUAGUCGUUAAGUAAUUUAUUACUAUACGUAAAGCACGAAACUCGAUUGUCGCUGACUAAUCGAAUGAGGAAACAAGCAAGAUAGGAAUACUAUGAUACGUUGUAGUUUUUAAGCAUAAUACAGUGUUUAAGUAGGGCCCAUUUAAAUGGCAUAACGACCAAGUAGUCAAAAAACACAAAAAGGUUUUUUCUUAUAUUUCGUUCAUGCGCUUCGACCUGGUGUUGAGUCCACCCAGUAGCAAUAAUACAAGUACCUAACACAUCUUCGACUGCAUGUACAUAUGAAUGCGCGAGAGUUGACAAUUUUACUCAUAGCUUUGGUGAAGUGAAGAAUGACAAAACAUGGCCUGCCAUAAAUAAAACAGAAGCAGACAAUUUACAAAGGCGCACACUUACCUAUACAGACAGACACAGACAACACACAAAAAAUACAAAGAAAAAAGAAAGAGUAUCGUACUGUUUUAUUUAUUGUCAGUAUUUGUAACUUUUAAAAAGCUGUGGAGAAAACACAGCGUCAAAGAUUUUAAAGGUAUAACAAAAUCUGUAGGCUAAUGUGAAAACGAAAAAAAAAAACGAGUCCGCUGUACGAUUUAUAAAUAUACACAUGUGUACCUCGAACCAUACAUAUACAUAUAUAUAUAUUUUUUGUUUCGUCGAAAUGAUGAGCGAGGAGAAGAGAAAAGACGAUGAUAAAGUAGAUGGACGGGAUUUUAUGCGCCUCCAAGGCCGUUUUGAUCGAGCGAGAAAUUUUUCGAUCGUGUGAGAGCACGCAGAGACGUUAUACUCGUCGUUCGAGACGGCUCUUGGAGGAUCUUGCGAAGAUUCCCAUUGACCACCAAUAAUAAUGUCAUUAGAUAUAUUCUACUACUCAAGCGCAUAAGAAAUUACAGGCACAUUGUCGGUGUUUUACGCCCAAUGUAAUUUUCACGAUACAACUGUAGACUUGUCUAAUACCUAACUGAUUAAUAACUGUAAUAAAUGAAUGCAAGCAAAAA